UUGUUUUCUUCUUCCUUCCCAGCUCUUUCGACUUCCAAGCCCCUAAAAUGGCUUCCAUUACAUUUCYCUCCCAUUCCCAUUCCCCCUUUUGAUUUCUUCUCUGUCUCCACUCUGUGGGUCUGUUUCCUCUUUCGAUUUCUCGUCUCUGUGAAGGAUCUUUUGGGAUUUCACCCACUACCCACCUCGGGAAACUGAGUUCUAUCGCCAUGGAACCAGACGAAAUCGCCGCCAGGCAGUCGUUCAAGAACUUGACCACCAUUUGCAUAUCUUCCGGUCGAAGUCGCUCGCACGGGGUCUACCUUGGAUCAAACCCUUUGGAUUACUCCGUCCCUCUUCUUCUAAUGCAGUUGGUUAUGAGCGGCGGCGCCAUUAUGUUGUCUUCUCAGCUCCUCAAGCCCCUUGGCCAACCCCUCAUCGUCUCUCAAAUCUUGGGCGGCUUAGUUCUAGGUUCUUCGGUUCUGGGCCAGUUCGAGGGAAUCAGAGAAACCCUUUUCCCCAUGAACGGAUUCGUAUUCCUUGAUAUAGUAGCUUCAUUUGGAUAUUUGUUUAACUUCUUCCUCAUUGGGGUGCAAAUAGAUACUUCGAUAUUGAAGAAGAUUGACAAGAGGGCAUUUGCAAUUGGGUCCUGUACUGUGGCUUUGCCUUUGGUUCUGACCACUAUUUUCAUUAUAAACUUCAUGAAUAUGGUGGACCCCAAAAUCGCCAAGUCGUUUCCCAUGGUUGCUGCAACAGAGUCCUUUGUCAGCUUUCCCACGGUUGCUUGCUUUCUCUCCGAGCUUCAUAGAUUGAACUCUGAGUUUGGGAGGAUUGCUUUGUCAUCUUCCAUGGUUUGUGCUUUGUGCAGCUUUUGUGUUAUGAUACUAGGAGCUCUGUUGAAUGCACAAAAUGUUGGCAGAUAUGAGGCCUUAUCAAUGGUUUUUACCUAUGUACUUUUCAUAGCCAUCAUUGUUGUUGCAGUUCGACCUGCCAUUCUGUGGAUGAUGAAGCAGAAUCCAAUUGGACAGCCGUUAAAGGAGGGCUAUGUGAUUACCUUGCUUGUAGGGGUGUUGUUGACUGGCUUUUGUUGCCAAGCCACUGGUAUGCAUUUAUAUUUUGGUCCCAUUGCACUUGGGAUUGCAACACCUCCAGGGCCUCCCAUGGGAUCAGCAUUGGUAGAGAGGCUUCAUUUCAUCACCUCUUGGGUUUUCAUGCCAAUAUUCUUUGUGAAAAUAGGUUCUGUUAUCAAUGUUUUUAUCAUCAAACUCAGAAGUUUCUUAGUAGUGUCAUUCAUUGUCUUUGUUGCUGCACUGGGGAAGUUUUUGGCUGCCUUUAUGGUUUCAAUCUACUUCAAACUACCCGUGAGAGAUGCCGUGUCGCUUGGCCUCAUAUUGAAUUGUCAAGGAGCUUUAGAGCUUGGUUUGUUUGAGGCAAAGAACAAGGACAAGAUGUUAGACAACGAAACAUUUUCAGUUAUGUGUAUAUGCAUGGUGAUUUCGGUCCUAGUUAUCACUCCUAUAAUAAGAUAUCUCUAUGAUCCUUCAAAAAAAUAUCUAGUUUACAAGAGAAGAACAAUGAUGCACUCAAGACCGGAAUCUGAUCUCCAUUUAAUAGUUUGCAUCUAUGACCAAGACGAUGUUCCAAAUGCCAUUAACCUGCUUGAGGCCUUGAAUCCGACGAGACGAAGCCAUCUUGUUGUCCACAUGAUUCAUCUUGUUGAGCUUAUUGGCUCAGCUAACCCACAACUCAUUUCCCACAAGCUUAUGAAUGUACGUCCUUCAAGGUCCUGUCCUUCUGAACAAAUCGUUAAUGCCUUCAAAUACUUUGGACAGAGCAACCGUGACAUUGUUUCAAUUUAUCCCUUCACUGCUAUAUCUCCUUUUGAGACUAUGCACGACGAUGUUUGUACGCUUGCACUAGACAAAAGUACUUCCUUGGUUCUUGUUCCUUUCCACAAGAGAUUUUAUUCCAAUGGCAUUACAUCGUUGUGCAAAAAUAAGAUGAAGACAGUUAACAAUCACAUCCUUGACAAUGCACCCUGUUCUAUUGCACUUGUUGUUGACCGUGGACUCUUGAAAGUCUCAAAGUCUAUCACAACCAACUUGCAUUCUUUUCACGUAGCUGUGGUCUUCAUAGGAGGACCGGACGAUCGUGAGGCAAUGUUCAUCGGGGCAAGAAUGGCUGGACACCCCAAUAUCAACUUGACAAUGAUCAGAAUAUUGGAGAAUAGGAACGUCUCGAGCGAUAACGUAGAGGAGAGGAGGCUCGAUGAUGAUGCAGUGAGAAUGUUCCGACAAAUUAUAAUAGGCAACGACUACAAAGCGAUGUACAGAGAAGAGGUGGUGACGGAUGGCACUGGAACGGUUUCCAUACUUCGGUCGAUGGAGAACAAUUUCGACCUCGUAAUGGUAGGAAGACGUCAUUGCCUGAGUUCACCAUUGGUUCAAGGGUUGGUGUUUUGGAAUGAGGAUACAGAACUUGGGGCAAUUGGAGAGGUAUUGGCCUCCUCGGACUUCAUGGACAAUGCCUUAAUCUUGGUUGUUCAACAACACACAAAAGCAAUGAAUGAAGACCAAGAGAUUCACAUGGAAACUGUCAUUCCCAUGGAAAGGCAUUUAGUAGAGGAUGGUGCAGAAGUGAUUUCCAUCAAUAGCAAAUCAUUCCAAAGUUGUGAUUCUUCUCCAUUUUACUAACUCCAAUGAUUCAAAGUUGGAGAGGUCAUUUUUGCUCUCUCUCUAUUUUUUUUUCUUUAAGCUUCAACAAUGUACAUUCUCCACUCAAACCAUAUCCAUCA